CCACGAAUCCAAACGAACCGAGAUAACUCGACCGUAGAAGGCCGCGAUGAUCAGGGAAGCGGAGGGAAAGGGAGGGUAUUGGGCGCGGUAGGCGGCGAGGCGGUGCAAUUCGUGCAAGGCGGCGGUGGCGCACUUGGACUGCCGGCCUGACGCGGCCUACCUGUGCAGUGGCUGCGACAUGAGGGUGCACGGGGCAGAGCAACUCGCCUCGCGGCACAAGCACGUGUGGAUUUGCGAGGCCUGCAAACAGGCGCCCGCCGCCGUAAUCUGCAAGGCGGACGCCGCGGCCCUCUGCGACGCCUGCGACGCCGACAUCCACUCCGCCAACCCCCUCGCGUGCCGCCACAAGCGAGCACCCAUCGUCCCAUUCCUGGAACCCAUCGCCGCCCCAAUCAAGCCCUCCACUGCCUCCGCCGCGUUCGCCUUUGGCGCAGGGGCUGGCGACGGCGUCGACGAGAAGGAGGAGAACGAUGCGGAGGAGGCUGCCGCCGCCUCCUGGAUCCUCCCGAACUCCGGCCACGCUCAGUUCAAGGGCUUGAUAGAAGCGCCGCUGCUAAAAUCGAUGGAGUACUACUCGAGCGUGGGUUCUUACCUUGAUUUGGAGUACGCCCUUUCGAUGGAGACGCAAUUCCACCAGAUGAACAGCGUCGUCCCCGUCCGUGCCAAAACCGCCAUCGUGGACAGCGGAGCCCCGCCUAUCUCGUCGUUCCUCCCGCCCGAUGCCGGCGCCGAGCUCGAUUUCGUCCCAACAAAGCCCUGCCACACCAUCCACUCCAUGAGCCAAAGCAUGCCGCCGUCGGAGGUGGGAGUAGUACCUGACGAGAGCGGCGGCGCCGGGAACGCAGCGGCGCAGAUGGAUCGGGAGGCGAGGGUGAUGCGGUACCGGGAGAAGCGGAAGAACCGGCGAUUCGAGAAGACGAUCCGGUACGCGUCGCGGAAGGCGUACGCCGAGACGCGGCCGCGGAUCAAGGGCCGGUUCGCCAAGCGGGCGAGCAUCGAGGCGGAAGUCGACCGCAUCUACUCCUCCGCGUCCGCCGCCCCCGCAGCACUCAUGGCGGACGCCGGAUUCGGCGUCGUGCCCUCCUUUUAAUGGCGAUCGCCGCCUUCUUCCACACCAAGAUGUAUGUACUGGUGUUUAUCACGCUCUCCUUCCAAUUUACUCCAUCUGGUGUUUAUUAUAUACGUCGAGAGAGAGAGAGAGUAAAAACAAAUCUGAGCAUGGCAAUUGAUGCUUCAUUUUGGAGGGAAGAGGAGAGUUUGAAAUAUAUUCCAUUGGCGCCAUGGAAAUAUAAUAUAAGAAUAGGAUGUGAGAUUGCUUUCUUGUGUUUC